AUGAAGACCGAGCUGGCCUCUGUCCUUGCGGUGCUAUGUUUUCUUGAGCCUGUCCUAUUAGCGAGCGCGCUGGAAGCGCCCGCCGUGGCACAUCAAGACCACCUAAUUUUCCAGAGCGACAGUACUAUUGAGACCGACGAGGGCAGCACGGUUGGUGAUGGAUUGGUCCGGGGUUCAGCGCAAGCGGAGGCCGAUACCGAUCUCGACACCGACAACUCUUUCGACGAUGGUUUGGAUGAUUCUCCUUGGUCCCAUAGACCAGUCUGUACCGAGUACUUGGACGAGCUAGAGGACCAACUGUGCGUCUACACGGACGCGACGUUCAGCAACGGUCGGGGCAUAUCGAUAUUCACGACGCCUCGGAUUGCCGACGAGUUCGCCACGCUGCUGCCCUUCCAGGAUCCCGAUGCGCUCUCUUCCCGCGGCAUCAACUCCAACAGCGAUGCGGACAGGCCCUGGUACACGGCGCCAAUCCCAGGCAAAGGGGUGGGCAUGCUGGCGUCACGGGCCUUGCAGCGCGGCGACCUCAUCACCGCGUACACCCCGUACCUGCUCGCGCACAUGGAGAACGUCCUCUCGACACCCGAGCGCGAGAGGUUCCUCCGCAUCGCCGUGGACCAGCUCCCCGUGGCCAGCCGGGACGUCUAUCUUAACCUCGCCAAGAUCUAUGGCGAGCCGAGCGUGGUGGUUCAGGACGUGGUCAAGGCGAAUGCCUUUGAGAUGGAGGUCGGUGGGCGGAUGCAUCUGGCCGUGUUUCCAGAGGCGUCGAGGAUGAACCAUGCCUGUGCGCCCAACGCACAAUACUUCCUCUCACCGACACUGCUCACGCACUACGUGCACGCGGUGCGACCGAUCGCCGCGGACGAGGAAGUGACCAUCUCGUACGCGCCGCCGCUGCGGCUGCACGCGGACCGUCAGGGCUAUCUCCAAUCGACGUUCCAUUUUGGAUGCACGUGCGCGCGGUGCACGGCGACGGCGGAGCGGACGGUGGCGGACGCGGACAAGGCGACCGAGGACAUGAUCGCGCUGCAGUGGGCGCUGUCGCAGUGGACGGCCAACUCGACGGCCAGCGUCAAAAAGGCCGAGAUGCUCGUCGCCCUAUACCGCCGCGAGGGCCUCGACGCGUUCCUCGAUGACGCCUACGGCCACGCCGCCCUGACGUACAACGCCGCGGGUAGCGCCAACGGCGCCAGAAAAUACGCGAGGUUGGCCGCAGAGGCCGCCCGCCUCAAGUACGGGCCCGACGCCGACAUGGCCAGGGAGUGGGACAGGAUCGUCAGGGAUCCGACGAAGCAUUCGAGCUGGAGGAAGAGGAAGUCGCCGUAG